CCCCAAUAAAGUCUCGCACUAGCGUCUCUUCGCUCUCUUUGACGCUCGUUGUGCUGAAGUAGCUUUGCGGAUAUGGGCCUCAGCUGCAGACGUGUUGAAAAUGGCAUUACAGAAUGGUCUGAAGAUGGCACCUAGCUGUUUUUGUUCUCUUCUACAUUUAAUGUCGAACAUCCACUAAUCAACAAGGUUCCUGUGGUCAUGUGAAAGGAGAUGCAUUUCCUUGCUGAGAUUGGUGUCUAGAAGUUGAGUUUUCACCAGGAUGGAGGUUUUUGUACCCCAAGUGUAAAAGAUUGCUUCAGGUGGUGUUGCCGUGCCAGUGGAGCCAGUGAAGUGCUGUACCUUCAACAUUAUUCAUGAUGCUUUUAAAAAUGCUCCAAGUUGGUGUGAGUUGAUGUUGCAACUGAUCUAAAUAAAGCUCUGAAAUGUGAUUGAAGACUGCCUGAUUUUUAGUGGCCUUAUGAAUGUUGAUCUUUUGGGUUUCUUAGACAUUGUACUUUUUUUUUUUUUUUUUUUUUUUUUUUUUUUAAUCGAGGAAACUCCAGAAUAUUCACUGGGAUCUUGCGAUUUUUUCAAAAUUAACACGGAUGUUCUACAGAUUUGGGUGUUGAGCUUGAGUACAGCUCAAAGGUCUCAUUUACCAACAAUCACUGUGAAAGACAGUGCAAAACAACUUCAUGCAGUUGCAAUUUCACCAAUUCAAGUAGCUUUCUGCAAAAAAGCACAAAACUCUGCAAAUUGUGUUGUAAAUGUUGGAGGGGGAAAAAAGCUGCAGGGAUUUUGGCUGCAAGAUUCACAAAAAAACUUGCUGGAAUCCUGUACGGACCUAUGUACAGCACCUUGUAAUGAGUGUGUUGCUGGCAUGUUUAGCACUGCCUGAUAUUACACAUACUUGCCUUUAUUUCGUUUGUCAUGUCUGACUUCCUGUUUUACCUGGUUUUUAGACCCCCUGUCCCCACAGUUUUCUCAUUUUCUGAUCAUAUCUUAAUGACUGCACACAUAAACCUCUACUCCCAUUGCUGCUGAAUUUGUCUGCAAAGGGUUUUGAGAUCAUUUGUAUACUUUUUUUUUUUUUUUUUUUUUUUUUUUUUUUUUUUGGGUCCGUAAAGGUGUGCCUUUUCUUCUGGUGUGAUUUGAACCCAAACCUGGUUCUGACCUUUUUGUAAGGCUGAUUAAAUUGUUGGAGCAAAUCCCCACAAAUAAAGCUAGUCAAAUACAUACUUGAUCCAGGAAGGUCUGUAAAUCAUGUUGUGGAAAAGAAGCAUCUCAACCCAAAGGGUGACAUGUUUAGUGCAUGUUCGAUGAAGCCUGCUUGUACAAGCUUUAUAUGCUGUGUUUGAGUUAGACUUGAUUCAAGGUGCUUGUUUUACAAAAUGAAGACUUCAACAAAUUUUAAGAAAUCAUGCCUUCCAGCUUGUAUGUUCCUACCAUCAUACCAUUUAAAACAGCUUGGGCUCAACUUAUUAUCCUGGGUUUAUUUCUAUAAGGUCAUUUCAGGUUGCAUUUUGCUUUAGGAAGAAAUGUUUCCUAGCAGCCUGUGUGACAGAAAUGUAGGUUUCUACCAUCUUGGAGUAAAAUCUAAAAACUAGACACCACCAUAACACGACAGCUGAGGUUAAGACUUGUAUUAUGAAGAAACAAAAAAAAGAGUGUUGAGAUAUCUAACGUUGUUGUCUUUUACAUCCUGUACAGCCAAUAAAUUUGUAUUUAUUGCAGGUAUUUACAAUGUUUUAAAAUGUCAACAUCUUUCCGCGGUGGAAAUUAAGAUAACUUUAGUUCACUCAAUGAAAAGAAGCUCUCAGGUUAGUGAACUUCCUCAAACGUCCGGCUACGUCGAUGUUGAGUGACGUAAUGAAGUGAACUCUGAUUCUUUUCAAUGAAUCGGAUCGUUUGGUUCAUCUCACCAACAAGAGCCGAUUCAUUCGGCUCCCAAAUGGCUCGUUGCCAUUCCCCCCCCCCCAAACUAAACAGUCACAGUUUGCGAUAUAUUAACCAGUGAUUAUUCUUCUGUGUCUGAGUAUGACUGAAUUCGUUCCAUGUAUUCUUACUCUACCUUCUAAUCAAUAAAAACGACCUUACUUUGCUUUACUGUUCCUGUGCUUCAUUAAGAAGAUUCACUCUUUAUUAAGGACGAUUCACAUCCUCGCUAAUAAACAACUCGAGUUUUAAAAGGUUUCCAACGAAGCAUUGCUUCUUUUUUUUUGUACAUCUACAAAAUAAAUAAGAUCGCCUCAUAUAUUCGAUUCACCUAAACGAACCAGAUCAAAGAGCCGACACGUCACUGAUCGUGAAUCAACACUCGUGUGAAGUUGGCAGCAUUGGGGUUGUUUGCUUGCUAGGCUCCAGUUAGCCUUUCUCCUGACAAGACUGUAAACGAUGUAGGCAGCUAUACUAACAAAACUUGUCAAUAAUAAUGACUUAAUUUUGCAUAGUUAUAUAGUUGACUAGUGAAAUAAUGAGUUAGGUAGUUAAUAUUUUAAAUAAUCUAGCUAAUAAACAUCGAACUGGUGAAGACACCAGACUGUAGGUAGGGGGAAAAAAUCCGUCAACAUUGGCUCAUUAAGUGAUUAAUUAUUGUCAUUUAUGUGUUCAGAUAUUAGAAGAAUUACACGUAAGUUAACCGACAAGGUAUAUUUAUUCAUUUUAACCUUUAAUGUGUAGGUAAUUUAGCUAACUAGCCGUAUUGCUGGCUUUUUUGUGUGUGUGUGUGAACGGGUGUGUCCUAAAUUAGUUUGAAUCUCCUUUGGUUCUUGACAGCAAAGCACAGGUGUGGUGGAGGAGGUGAGCAGCAAUACCUUUUAUUUAACUUCACCUCAUUCUUACACAACUCAAAAGACGUUUACUGAAGCAUUCAAGUCGAAACUGAAAGCUCUGCACCAUGCUUAUCUAACUUGCAUAUCAUAUAGAGAUGUUGAAAGAGUUUAGGAUUUAAGAUUAGCUUAGGAAAAUAAGGGUCUAACCUUAACUUGGGUCAUUUGGAGACAUUGGAGGAGAAAGGAAAGGAAAGCCAUGCCAGCUGUUGUAGGACGAGUUUGGGCGUGGGUUAACCCAGCGAACUUGUAUCGCCCUUGGGCGAGUAAACCCAAAAGUCUUCCGGUUGAGGGUCAGGAGAAAAGCAGGUGGAGUCUGGCAGGGUUAACCUCCUGGGUUUGGGGUGGAUGGAGAAAGCAAAGUGACCAAAAAACCCUGACCGAGGAAUACUGGGAAGCUCAGGAGGAGAUCAUCAAACCUUUAGAAGUAGAAGAUCUGAACGCUGAAAGACUCGAGACGCCUCCUCCGCAAAGUCCUCCGCGAUGGUGGAACCGGAUAAUCAGUCCCGUGUUUUAUUUAUGGCCGACGUCAUACAAGGUCCGUGGACUCGGUGAGAGGACGAGCACGUGGAACGACGGAUCGUGGGAUUCUGACACGAAAGAUGGCGAUUUUUCAGAUUACGCCACCCCUCCUCCGUCUCCCGUCCCGCUGUCCCAGAGGUCGUCUACAUUCCGCUUCUUUGCUAAGUCGUGGUCCGGAGACGUUCUCCCAGAGCAUUACGAGAUUUGUUUCAAUUUCCUUCGCCACCUCUUUGACCUGUUCAUAGUCGGCUUCCUGUUGACCGUCUCGCCCCCGGCCAAGUUCGUCCUGGAUGUCCUGGGUGUCCAGGGUGCGCUCAAGCUUUGGCUCCACGGCAUGGCCAUGUUCCUGGUGUCCUCUGUAGGAAUGGCCGGCCUGCUCUGGUUGGUUCAGGAGUACCUGCCUCAGUUCGCACUGGUGUAUGGCAUCGUCCAGGCGCUGGUCAUUUCCGUCAGCGUGCGCCAGAGCGUGAUUUUGGGGACGGGAGAAGACGGGAAAGAAGAAGAAGAGGGCAGCGUGGAAGAAACAGAAGAUACUUUGGCGCACACUCAAAGCAGUAGCCCUGUCGGGAAAAGUGUGACAGUGUCUUGAAGACUGAAGGUCUUAGGGCUGUGAAGGAGACACUACGAACUGACCACACGAGCAGAAAAUCAGCACACGAGCCAAACGUCGGUGAUGAAGUCGUUACGAUCCUACCAGCACUCCUUUUUCCUUUUUUUUUUCUCUCUCUUUCAAUUAUACAGAGUUUCGUUCACACCUUGACUGGAGAAAAGCCUAAACUUAAAGGAACGCUGUUUCCAUUUACUCCAUUUUUGAAUUCAAACACACUUUUUUCUUUUGUCUUUUUUUUUUUUUUUUAAAUUGAACACAAUCUUCAGAGACCGUUGGUGCAUUGGAGCAGAAGACGAAUGUUUCAUCAGCAUUUUGGAAAGUUGCCAGUGAGAUUUUUGAGUACAAAAUGCACUGUAAAGGCACUUUUAACACGCACGGAUGGCGAGAGAGCGGGAGAGAGACGACCCUGCUGUGAUAUUUACCACAUCAUUUUACUUCAGGAAGCCACGCAGCUGAUUGGUUUUAACCUCUGGAGAGAGCUGACAGAGAUUUGACUUCAUAUCAGCAGCCGCUCUUCUUAACUUAAUUUUUUUUAUAUAUAUAUAUAUACACACUUUGCCCAGCUCUGAGGUUUAGCUAAUCUCCAUUUACAGUAUUUGUAUUUCACUACAUUUGAUAUUCUGUGUGAUUUCUACAUGUACUUUCACAGCACAUCCAUAAUCAUGGAGGGUUUUGUUUGUUGUUGUUGUUUUUAAAGGGGUACUUGGGAACAUUGUUUGGUCACUAAACCUAAAUAAAAUGGGCUUGUUUUUGACGUUAUGGUA